AGCAUGCCCUAAACUACAUCCUGUGUUUUAUAAGCAGCGUCUGUCACACAGUUCUCUACUAUGACUUAUUUGCUAACAGCGGCCGUCAUUUUAUUCUUUUUUCAGGGAUGCUGGUCUAGAGCUCAGUUCUCACCUAGUGUGGGUUGUACCAGUACGGAUUACGAGGUCAACGUCAGCUGUUUGAUUAUCAAUCUGGAUUAUGUCGAAUGCAACUGGACCAAACCACAGAUGCAGCACAUAAACUACACCUUCAGCAGUGCAUUUUUGUGGAAUUCAUUUUCUGAGUGUCCGGAGUACCUCCAGGAGCAGGGUCAGAAUGUGGGCUGCAAGAUCCCUCUUAACGCGACACAGCGAUUUGAGCCUUUCCGAACAAAGCUCUAUGUUGGAGGAUAUCAAACAAUAUGUAAAAACUACACAGAUCUAAAACAAAGAGUGAAGCUCAACCCUCCAUCUAUCCUCUCUGUGAACUCGAGUGCUAGAGAAGGAGAGGUCUGUGUGCGCUGGAUAGAGAGUAAAAUCAAGAAGAAUUGUGUGAACUAUACAGUAGCCUAUCGGAAAGCCUCUGGCCCGUGGAAGAUCUCCAUUCCAGUGAUGUCCUCUUCAUACUGCGUGUCUCCUGUGGCUAGUGGAGUCCUGUAUACAUUCCAAGUAAGAAGCAGCAUGUCCGAUAUGUGUGGCGCUUCUGAUUUUUGGAGUGAUUGGAGUGAUCCAGUAGAGUGGAGUAACAACAAAGGUGUAAUGACUGCAGAACAGCCUCAGGUGUACUGGCAUGUGUUGGGAUCUGUUCUAGGAGUCAUUGUCCUCAUCUGCCUUUCUUUAUUGUUGUACUAUAGUGAACGGAUUAGAGUUGUUUUCGUUCCUGUGGUACCUGACCCAAGCAAGAGCCUGCAGGAUUUAUUCAAGAAAUAUAAUGGCAAUGUUGAGAGCUGGGUUUAUAUCAACAGAGAGCUGAAGGAUGCUUUUGAGACCGAUUUCACAGAGUCUCCUCCGUGUGUCGUAUGUGAAGCAGGUCCCACUUUUGAGACUAAAACUGAGGAUGGUCCUGUGGAACAGCCUGUCUCUUAAUCCUACUGUAUUCUUUUAUUGCUGUUAAUGGGUCCAAGCCAACUGGAAGAUUUCCAUUUCCUUUUACUUCAUUUGACUGAUGUUUUUAUUCAAAGAGACUUACAACCGAAACAGAAAGAUCACAUUUCAUAUUUUUAACACUGAACAUUAGUCCUUAUAAAUAAACCUGAUUGUGCUACUUUAAGAUCAUCCAAGUAUAUUUUGAUAGUUUUAGUGCUCAUGUUUUUCAUUCUGCCUUACCAUGAGUUCCUUUUCUGUUCAGCAUGUUUCUGAUAGUGAAAUACAACCUCAGCCAAAGCUGAUGGAGGCCUGCUGUAGGAAAGACCUUCAUGCCUGUUAGUAGCAGGGAUCACUUGAAAGUCAUUAAAAGGCUUGAUUUUUUUUUUUUUUUAUAAAUAGAUGUUGUCAUGGUUUAAAUGUACUUAAUUCUGAAUAAAUAACUGAAGAGUACUUGAUUUUUUUUCCAUUUGGAUGUCCAAGUGGUCCUGUGUCAACAGUGCAGGUUUUACUGAUAAUUGGAGUACUUUUUCAGGUCAAGUCUGACCUUUUAGAGAAGGUCAAUAACCAUCCUGGGGAAACGGUAGCUUGGUGGUAAGGACGUUUGCCUCACACCUCCAGGAUUGGGGGUUCGAUUCCCACUGCUACCCUAUGUGUGCGAAGUUUGAAUGUUCUCCCCAUGCUUCGGGGGUUUCCUCUGGGUACUCUGGUUUCCUCCUCCAGUUCAAAGACAUGCGUUGUAGGUGAAUUGGAAUUUCCAAGUUGUCCAUAAUGUGUGAAUGUGUGUUGUGCCCUGCGAUUGGGUUGGCAACCCAUCCAGGGUGGCUCGUGGCUCGAGUCCCCUGGGAUGGGCUCCAGGAUCCCCAUGACCCAGUGUAGAAAAUGAAUGGAUAAUCAUCCCACUCGGGCAGGUGCUGCUCUCAUUUCUUGUAACAUAGUUUAUAGUUUUAGAACAGGCCUAGUUAAUCGCUGACAAUCUACACCCAGGCCUAAUCUAAACUGCUGGCUGCCUUGAAGUAUCACUCAGGUUUCUCCAUAUAGAGAUAAUUUAUCUGUUUCCUGAGCUAAACAUAAUAAAAAAAAAAUCAGAAUUCUCAGAAAGUUGGUUCUAGUAAUCAGAAUAAAAGCCAAAUCUGAAGCUAGUGGCUAAAUAUUAUCUCUCAUCUAAAGUACUUAUUGUAAAUAAAUCUAUAACUGAUCAGGGAUUUAAUAUAGUUUUUAACAGACAUUUGGAUUUGACCAAAUAAGUAUGUAGCGUUAAACUAAGAUAGCCCUCCUGGAAACAUCUAUAUAUACCACUCUCCUCUAAACUUUCCAAGGAGAUGAUCUAUAAUGAUGCUCUCAGCAUCCACAGAAAUCUGCAUAAGAUUUUUAACUUCAUUUGUAGUACUCUUUAUUACGCUUCAU